CCGGAAAUGCCGGUCUAGUUCUGGCUAACGGAACACAGGUCUGCGCUGAUGGCUGCUAUCUGUCAACAAUCUAGGUUCAGCUGAAACCGAAGUCCGUGUGGCCCUGUAUCAUCUGCUUCUUCCAGGUCCUUUCAGCGAACCAGGCUGCAGUGUUAUGGAUGAACCAUGAAGGCCCAAUUACAAGUCACAGUGCUUUCAGCCAAGCUGAAGGAAAACAAAAAGAACUGGUUUGGUCCCAGUCCGUACGUUGAGGUAGCCGUGGAUGGCCAGUCAAAGAGGACUGAGAAAUGCAAUAACACACACAGUCCCAAAUGGAAGCAGGCUCUCACAGUAAUUGUGACUCCGGUCAGCAAGCUGGUGUUUCGAGUUUGGAGCCACCAGACACUGAAAGCAGACAUCCUGUUGGGAAUGGCCACACUGGAGAUCAGUGAGACCCUUAAGGCUAACGACUUGAAAUUAUGUGAGGUGGUGCAGACACUGCAGCUGUGCUCUGACAGAGACCCCCAGGAUGUUGUCGGGGACCUGUCUGUCUGUCUGGACGGCAUGCAGGUAGACCCAGAAACCUUCGCCUCGGCAGAGAGAGAACCUGCUACUGUUCCAAAUGGAAACUCGAGACAAAAUGGAGACACUGGCAACAGGUCAAGCAGAGACACCUCUCCCUCCAGUGACUCAGAAGAAUGGGUUAUUGUAACUAAUGGUCAUGCUGUCAAUGGUAAGGAUUCUCCGUCACGAUCUCCAGGGGGCUCCAACGCCUCGCGUCCUCCCAGACCAGCCCGACCUCCUCCUGCUACACCUCGCAGACCAGCAGCCUCACCAACCUCUUCUAGCAGUUCCUCCCCUAGUGAGCUGAGUGAAGGCCCAGCUUCCGAAGGCUCCUCUCAGGCGUCGGCAAGUGGGUGUUCAAAUCAGCCGGAUGACUCAGGCGCAGGAGCAGCGACAGCAGGUUCUUCACAGACCGCAAGUGUCCCCAAACCAGGGACUUCUGCCUCAGCAGCCCUGGCCACAACAACUCCCAGAAUCACACCCAUGAACAACGGCCCCUUACCACCAGGGUGGGAGCAAAGGGUGGACCAGAAUGGGCGGAUGUACUAUGUGGAUCACAUUGAAAAAAGGACAACCUGGGAGAAGCCUGAGCCUCUGCCUACAGGGUGGGAGCGCAGGGUGGAUCCGAUGGGUAGGGUGUAUUAUGUUGACCACAUAACUCGAACUACUACGUGGCAACGCCCCACGCAGGAGUCAGUGCGUAACUAUGAGGAGUGGCAGCACCAGCGCAGCCAGCUGCAGGGAGCCAUGCAGCAGUUUAACCAGAGGUUCAUUUAUGGGCUCCAAGACCAGUUGGCUGCCACGGCCAAUAAAGAGUUUGACCCGCUGGGACCUCUGCCACAUGGUUGGGAGAAGAGAACAGACACCAAUGGCAGAGUGUAUUUUGUUCAUCACCCGACUCGGACGACACAGUGGGAGGACCCCAGGACGCAAGGGCUGCUUAAUGAUAAGCCCCUUCCUGAGGGUUGGGAGAUGAGGUUCACUGUGGAUGGUAUCCCCUACUUUGUUGACCACAACAGGCGAACCACAACCUACAUUGACCCUCGCACAGGGAAAUCCUCACUUGAGAAUGGGCCACAGAUAACCUAUGUCAGGGAUUUCAAAGCCAAAGUGCAAUACUUCAGGUUCUGGUGUCAGCAAUUGUCGAUGCCUCAGCACAUUAAGAUUACAGUCUCCCGGAAGACCUUGUUUGAGGACUCGUUCCAACAGAUCAUGAGCUUCCACCCUCAAGAUCUGAGGCGGAGGCUGUGGAUCAUCUUUCCUGGAGAGGAAGGCUUGGACUACGGAGGUGUGGCAAGGGAAUGGUUCUUCUUGCUCUCUCAUGAAGUACUGAACCCCAUGUACUGUUUGUUUGAGUAUGCUGGCAAGGACAACUACUGCCUGCAGAUUAACCCUGCCUCCUACAUCAACCCUGAUCACCUCAAGUACUUCAAGUUCAUAGGACGCUUCAUUGCCAUGGCAUUGUUCCAUGGCAAAUUCAUCGACACAGGCUUCUCCCUCCCCUUCUAUAAGCGUAUUCUGAACAAACCUCUGGCUCUCAAAGACCUGGAGUCCAUAGAUCCAGAGUUUUACAACUCACUCAUCUGGAUCAAGGAUAAUAACAUAGAAGAGUGUGGUCUGGAGAUGUUCUUCUCAGUUGACAAGGAGAUCCUGGGGGAGGUCACUACCCACGAGCUGAAACCAGAUGGAGGGAACAUCCAAGUAACUGAGGAAAAUAAGGAGGAAUACAUCAGGUUGGUGGCAGAGUGGAGGCUGUCUAGAGGUGUGGAGGAGCAGACUCAAGCAUUCUUUGAGGGCUUCAAUGAAGUUUUGCCCCAGCAAUACCUUCAAUACUUUGACGCUAAGGAAUUAGAGGUGAUGCUGUGUGGGAUGCAAGAGAUAGACCUGGUGGACUGGCAGAGAAACACAAUCUACAGGCAUUAUGCCCGGAGUAGCAAGCAGAUCCUCUGGUUCUGGCAGUUUGUGAAGGAGAUGGACAAUGAGAAGCGGAUGAGACUGCUGCAGUUUGUCACAGGAACCUGUCGUCUUCCUGUGGGUGGCUUCGCUGACCUGAUGGGAAGCAACGGCCCCCAAAAGUUCUGCAUUGAGAAAGUGGGCAAAGAGAACUGGCUUCCACGAAGCCACACAUGCUUUAAUCGUCUGGACCUCCCUCCUUACAAGAGCUAUGAGCAGCUGAAGGAGAAGCUCAUGUUCGCCAUAGAAGAGACAGAAGGUUUUGGGCAGGAGUAAUGCAACAAGGGCAGAAGCUGCAGGAUGAGAGGGAGGAGUGUGGGCUUGGACGAGCCAUAUUCAUUUCAGACGAGCACUUUUCAACAUAUUCCUCUUGCAGCCUGGCGCUGCUCAUGAACUGGUAGAAGGACAUACAAAUCUUUAUUUUCUGUCACAUUAUCAUGCAGUAACAACUGUUUCUAUCCUGCUUCGUCAUAAAUUAAUUAAUCCCGCAAGAGACUUCUGAAUCCCCCACACCCUGUUUCACUUUUAAUCUAAAUGAUCAGUUCCACCCUAAUUCCACAGAAAUCAGUUCGCCCUGCACAGCCCACUAUCAGGCGAUGGAGACAAUAGAGACGCCUCUCUCACCCUGUCAUGUCUGCACUUGCUCUAUGUUGUGCAAGUGCAGUUUCUACACGCACAUCUGCAAAUCUGUGCAGUAGUUACUUAAGAGCCGCCUUGUCGGGUCUAUGCACUAGAAUUAAUCAUUUUAGAGGAAGGAACCAUAUUUGUGCAUUUUGAAUUCAAAUAAAAAGCUUCAUAUCUAAAAGCAACAUCAAAGGCACAUAUAUGGUUUUGAGUCUUUCAGACUCAACUUUUAUUUUAAUUUUAUUGAAAGGAUGCAUGAAUGGAUGGGUGAUUUAUGUUUUUUUUUUGUUUUGUUUUUUUUAAACAGCUGACUGGACUGACUCCCGUAGCACAUAUGCAGUUUCUUUAAUAACUUUGAUAAAUAUAAUCAUGCUAAUUGAAAUGAUAAUUUCUUUUAAUUUGACAGGUUGAUUUCUUAACUUUAUAAUGAGUUGAAACUUUGAACUAGUUUGCACAUAGUUAUGUGAGCAGUAAGACGGUUGUGAUUGUUCUUAAGAGAGGUUGUAUUUUUAUGUGCAAUAGUUUUGUAGAAAACAUUUUUGCCAAUAAUAGAGCCAAACAGUGAUUUGUUUGAUCAUUUUAUAACACUUUGGUAAGUUUCAACAUUUACUAUUGAUUUAAAUUCUCUGUAUGAAGUAGAGAACAUUUGCACAUUUGCAGGUGUAUAUGGUGAAACUGGUUUAGUUGUGAUUUGAUUUGCCUUCCCUAAAUGGUCUGCAAGGUAUUGAUUAUCAGCCUAUUUGACCAAGGAAGGUCACUUCCUUUACCAGUCAGGGAGGCUGAAAAGUCUUUUCUUGCUAAUUAUAAGCUGUUACUAAUGAAGUGGGAGUAGUAGGAUGUGUUGUGUAAUAGAGAACAAUGAUUUGUUGAAUAUUCCCACUGAAUGGUAGCCAAUUUUCUGGUAGAUGUCCAGAAUCAAGUAUUAUCCUAGAUCAAUAAUGAAGAUGCUCAGUCCUAACUGUUUGUGUUAAAUGACUAAUGAAGUUUAUGUAAAUACACUUACAAAGUAGAAAAUGUGUUAAAUAUCUUAAUACAGUUAGUUCACCCAAGCAGUGGACCUCUUUGAGUUGCAGGCAGAAGUUGCUAAUAAGAUUUUAAUCGGUGUGAUAGAAAGUGGCCCUAGUUUUAUAGGGUGUUUGGUAUUCAGAUUUGUACAGUAGUAUUUCAUUCCUUUUGCAAAAAUAGCUCCGCUAACGUCAAAGUUUCUUUUAAGUAUCAAGUAUGUAGUAUCACUUUAAGGAAAUGACUAUGGCACCAGUUUACCAAAGGAUUAUAUUUAAUUAUUUUUUUGUAAACCAUUUGACUUAAAAGUCUAAGUCACCAAGUGUAACCAGUUCUUAACAUCCCCUUAAUGGCUACACAUCUCACAUCAGCCGUCACUAUUAAGUUGUUAGCUGUCCAUUAUAAUAUAAGUAGGUAACAAAAAUGUAAACGAAAUGGUUGCUCAGCUACUUCAAUUUUAAAUACCGAAUUUGAACAAAUUUCAAUCUGUAAAGUGAUAUUUUUUUAACAACUAGUAACUGUCCAAGCAUCAAGCUGUGUGUGUGUUUGUGCGUGUGUGUGAGUGAGUGUGUGUGUGUAUUUCUGUAUCCCAGAUCAUUGAAAAUGUGUAAUUACAAAUUCAAUUUCAGCAACGACCCUUUAAUUUCCCAGUACAAUGUAAAAGGAUGUAUUCAUAAAUGUUCCUCAUGAAUUAACCCAUGUAUGAACCUUUUGGCUGUAUGUUCUUUCAUAAUGUCAAUGCUGGUACUACAGGGAAAAAAAAAUGCUGGUUGUUCUGAAUUGCCUAAACCCUCACUGACCUGACAGACCCUCAGACAAUAACAGUUAAUGCUCACUUUAUAUUCAAUUGUGUCAGAUAUUUCACAUUAUCUUACCUUUUUUUUCCCCUAACCGGCAGUGAUUCAGUACAAACACAUACACCUAUGAAACAAAAACAAAGUGUGUAUCUACUGGUGUGCAGACUUGUGAAGAGAUUAUUGUAAAAAUAAAAAUAAAUAAAAAGAAAAGAAACCUUUGAUUUAACAAAAAAAAAAAAAGGUUUUGUGAUUAAAAUGUUUACUGUUGAAUAUUUGAACAGAUUACAACUUAUAAUAUAGCACCUUGACACUCCAAACCGGUUGAAUUAACCACUUCACUGUUUAAUCUCUGCUGUGUUCCAGAUCAUGGGGCAGUUCAAUGUGUAGAAAUAUGCAAAGUAGUGUUUUAGUUGUACUGAUUGCAUUGUAAAUCAUGUUAAUAGUGUAAUCACUGUUUUUCUUUUUCUUUGAGGCUCUAACUUUUGAUAAGUGGAAGUCAAUGGUUGAAUACUAUUUAUUUGGAGGUUGGGUUUCAUGUAACAAUGGACUGGAUAGAUUGAGAAAAAAACAGUAAUAAAAUGAUUAAAACACUGGGCUCCUGCAGGA